CGGAAGAGGAACAGAGAAUGUGUUUUCUAAUUUCUAGUGAGGAGUGAAGAGGGACGGAGAUGGCGGCGAGCGCGUGCCUGCGGCUGCCGGCGACGGUGGUGUCAUCAGUACGAGCACAGGAAGGCGUUCCGAAUUCGAAAUCGAUGCAGGGAAGACCUAGGCUUUAUCUCAACAAACCUUCAUGGAUAGUCACAACUCAGUCCGGAGGUAAGACGGAGACGAGGAGUAAGGCGAAGGGCCGAUGCGUAAUCUGCCAUGGAACUGGAAGAGUCGAUUGUUUCAAUUGUAGCGGGAAAGGGAGGACUAAUUGUGUGGAUAUGGAGAUGCUUCCAAGAGGAGAAUGGCCCAAAUGGUGCAGGAGCUGUGGAGGAAGUGGAUUAUGUGACUGCUCUCGCUGUCUUGGCACUGGAGAGUACAGAUACAUUAUGGGUUUCCGAUUCUUAAACCAACACGAUGAUGUCGAUCCACAAUUAUGAUUUGCUGAAACUCUAAUAAUGAUGAUGUCCUCUUUACCAGUAUUUUUUCUUGUAUAUGUUUGAUGAUGAAUGCUUAAGACUUUAGUAUUACAUACUUGGUUUUGUCUUCAGUCUUCAUGUUGCUCGUGAAGAGAAAUCGCCAACAUCUUUGUGUCUCUGAGUCAGACAAAGUGAAACGCUGCUUCGGUUUGUUUAUACAUGUAUAAACACUUAUGAAGCUUUACAUUGGCUUCGGUUGUGUGUUUAUUUCACUUCUCCUAA